UACGAAAAGUUGUUCUUCCGUGUUUACCUGUAAGUGGAAGGGCGUAAGUGGGUGUUAGCCAAAGGAAGGGAAAUUGUGCAAACAAAUUCGUGAAUUUGUUUCAUUGAGGUGGUUAGAGUGAAUUAGUGUUUAAAGAGAAUUGGAGAUGACCCGAAUGAGCUAAGAAAUUUAAUAAAGUUUAGACACCUAAAAGUUUUUUCUGUUGAAGUUGUGUGAUCGUAGUUCGACGAUGGGGUGUUGCGGGAGCACAGAGAGUAAACGUGAAUGGAAACCGCUGGAGGAGCACAGCUGCACGGAUAUCCCAUGGCUCAUCAUAUUUACACUCUUUUGCAUUGGCAUGGCAUGUAUUUGUGGCUAUCCUAUUGCCACCGGAGGUGCCGCCAGACUUGUUUUCGGAUAUGACAGCUAUGGCAAUACCUGCGGUAAGAAUAACACCAAAAUUGAGGGAGUUCCUCUCAGUGGCCGGGACAUGACGGAAAACAAGUUUGUUUUCUUUCUCGAUCCUUGCAACCUUGACUUAAUAAACAGGAAGAUCAAGUCCAUUGCUUUGUGUGUUUCCAAGUGUCCAUCUACUGAGCUGACGACAUACUCUGAUUUAAAGCAGUUUGCGUUGAAUAAUGGCUCGAAUCUCUGCACCUAUGAUCUUACUCCUACAAGAUACACAAGCUAUUCAUCAGAAAAAUCAACCAAGUGUCCAAAACUGCCUGUUCCACCAAGUAAAUCUGUCCUGCUUUUCCGGCGCUGUAUUCCUACGGAUAUCAGCUGCUACACUCAGUUCGCCAAAGCUUUUAUGACAUUUGUCAGCGACAACACUGUGUUGCAGCGUGUCAUCUCUGGGGUGAUGGCCAGCAAAGAGAUCAUCAUAGGACUUUGCAUUCUGGCUUUAGUUCUCUCUUUGAUCAUGAUGGUCGUCAUUCGUUACAUCUCCCAAGUGCUGGUUUGGAUUCUCACAGUUCUGGUGAUCAUCGGCUCCACAGGUGGGACGGGCGUUCUGUGGUGGUUCUAUGUAGACCACAGAAAGGCUCUCAACAGUAACACCACAUCAGUGUUUGGAAAAGAAGUGGCAUCGGAUAAUGUUACGGCUUUGCUGUUCUAUGCCAUUGGUGCUACUAUUUUCACGGUUGUUCUCCUGCUGGUGAUGUUCUUCAUGAGGAAGCGUGUGGCUCUCACCAUCUCCCUGUUCCAUGUGGCGGGUAAGGUGUUCAUCCAUCUUCCCCUGCUGGUCCUGCAGCCUUUCUGGACCUUCCUCUGCCUCAUACUUUUCUGGAUCUACUGGAUUGGUGUGCUUCUCUUCCUCGGGACAACAGGAACACCGGUAAAAAACAACUCUACGGGUGUGGUUGGGUAUGAAAUGCCAGGGCCUCUUCAGUUCCUGGUGUGGUAUCACGUUGUGGGUCUCAUCUGGAUCAGUGAGUUCAUCCUUGCCUUCCAGCAGAUGACUAUUGCUGGAGCUGUGGUCACCUACUAUUUCACAAGGAACAAGUCCCAGAUCCCAGCAACUCCUAUCAUUUCCUCUAUGGCACGUACUAUCCGCUACCACCUGGGUACUUUGGCCAAAGGCUCCUUCAUCAUCACACUUGUUAAGAUCCCUCGUCUAAUCCUGACAUACAUCCACAGUCAGCUCAAAGGAAAGGAAAAUGCCUGUGCUCGUUGCAUGGUAAAAGCCUGUGUCUGCUGUCUGUGGUGCCUUGAGAAGUGUUUAGCAUACUUGAAUCAAAACGCUUACACAGCCACAGCCAUCAACAGCACAAGUUUCUGCACCUCAGCUCGUGAAGCUUUCCUUAUCCUGGUGGAGAACGCGCUCAGAGUAGCCGCCAUUAACACUGUCGGCGACUUUGUCCUCUUCUUGGGAAAGAUUCUUAUCGUCUCCUGCACAGCUUUUGCCGGCGUUCUGGCUCUGAACUACCAGAGGGACUACACGGUGUGGGUGCUGCCUCUUCUCAUCGUCUGUGUCUUUGCCUUCCUGGUGGCCCAUUGCUUCCUUUCUGUGUUUGAAAAUGUGGUCGAUGUCCUAUUUCUGUGCUUCGCUGUGGACACAAAGUAUAAUGACGGCAGCCCUGGGCGAGAGUACUACAUGGACAAGGCCUUAAUGGAAUUCGUUGAAAACAGUAAAAAAAUGGGUUGGAAAAAGCCAGAUGAUGGAGAUGGUCGUGAGAUGAAGCCCAUGGCACGUGGGACUUCAGCUUGAUACUGUGUCAAACAUCUAAAACCACAUUUCCAAUUUUUAACUUGCCAGCGUCACACUGCAGGGACAUCCACUAAAUAGGAUAACAACUGACUUUGUACAGAAGUUUUACAUAGUUUUGCAAAAGAUGUUUCUUAAUGUUUAUUUUUCAAAAAGAUUGUGUGAAAAUGUAAAGUUUGCCUCUAAUGUAACAUGUUUAUUUGGGUUUAUGUUUUUGUUAUUAAUAAUAGGAUGGCUUGUUUCACUCACAUAUGUGGGUUUCCCUUGUGGAAUUUUAAGUAAUAUGAUGGUUUAACGUGUUUGAUAAAAACAGCUUCCAUUUGGAUGUUUGAGUGUACCUUUUUAAACUGGUGGCUAACUAUGUUACAAUGCAUAAACUGUUCAUGAUGUUUGUGACUUAUUAAAUUUUAUAACAAAAUAA